CAAGUUUCCGUCAAGCAGGGAUGGCAGAGGCACAGUCCAUCGCAGCUCCUCCCAAGCCUCCCUCCCUGCAGAUUGAGCAGGACCAGGAAGCGGCGCUCAUAGCCAAAUAUGGCAUGCGACCGAAGCUGUCUCCACGCCUGCUCGCCAAGAGGAACGGACGCAAGUGCUUCGACAGCGCGGACUUUGUGCUGCAGCAGCAGGGACGCCUCAGCACGAUCGUCUCCGGCGAUCUAUCCACCCCUGAGCAGCCCAUAGAGACCCUCUCACCCAAACUGUCCCCCACGCAGCCGCGGCCCCGGCGCACUUCAAAUCUCGGGGACAGCGACUAAUCUUCUUCAGUCCGCCCAACCUAGAGGAGCACCUGAGAAUUUGGGGCCAUCAUUGUUAUGGCCUGUCCAAAUUUUAUCAAGCUACAAAAUUGGGGGCUGGGGAGCUCGAAAUAACAGCAAUCUCACAGAUAUAUGAAGCAUAGACUUAUGAUAUCUCAAGCAAGAGCCUAUGUGAGGACCACUCCAGUUCAGUCCGCCCAGCACUGGGGUGUUGAUUGCCCAUGUUGAGCUCAAGGCGCCAGGAUAUGGUCUCUCCAGAUUCAAGUCAAGCUGCAAAAGCAGGAAGUGCGGAGCUUGAAUCAAGCAGGAUUAGCAACUGGAUGAGACGGAGCAGUGGCAUUUGUUCAAGCAAAUGCGUAUGUGCGGACCAGAAAUAGUUUCUAGUACUGCUAUGGAUCUGCGCUGCACUCAGCAGGUCAGCCAGUCAGCAUUUCCUUCUGGGCAGUACGCAUGUGUGCACAAGAUUGAUCUGGCCUAGCUUUAACAGAAGGUGAAGUAGAAACGUGGUAUUGGAAGAAUUUGCAAGCUCAAAUCAAUUGAAGAUUUUGCCAGGAAGGUUGGCAGUCGAACACAGACUUUUGGAGAAAGUGCACUUGGGACAAUCUGCAACUUGCACUGUGAGGACUAAAGGGUCGCAGUAUCAAUUGACGCUGUAUCAAUUUGCAACUGAGAUGAAUUUGCAGCCUAUGAAAAGUUAGCUGCCACACAAGUCAAGGCGUCAGCAUCUCAUCAAACUGUGUACCAUGCAGCUACAGUAAUAGUCAUGAACAAGGUUCGUUUCAGUUCCUGCACGAUGAAUGUAAGCAAACACCGU